UAUCCUCACCGGAAGCAGCGUGGUUCUACUAGUAACGUGCUUGUUUUCCCAGCAGUAACGGCUUUUCUUCCUUAAUGUCUGCAACACAUUUUCAUUAAAACAUGCCGGGCGGGUCGGAAUUUAAAAUUAACCCCAAGUUUGCACAGAAAUAUGAUAAAUACCGACAGAAAGAGGAGCUGCAGAAACUAAAGGACCGUUUCGGAGACCGAGGCGAUGACAGCGACUCUAAUUCAUCUGAAUCGAGCUCUGAUGACAGUGAAGUGGAGUUGGACCCUACUGUGGAGAGGGACUUUUACCGAACCCUGUCCCUGCUGAAGAAGAGAGACCCGAAGAUCUAUGAGAAAGAUGCCAAGUUUUACUCAGAAGAUGCAUCCCAAGAUGAGGAAACUCGCUCCACAUCCAAACAAGCCAGAGUGAAGCCCAUGUAUCUGAAGGACUAUGAGCGGAAAGUCAUUCUGGAAAAAGAGGGCAAAUAUGAAGAUGAUGAGGACAGCGACGAUGAGGAAGCAGCCAAACGAAGAGAGAGGGCAGCCUCGCCAAGCUACAUCCAGGAGCAGAAGGAGAUCAAAGAGAGCUUCCGGAAGCUGGUUCAGGACAGCGAUGAUGAGGGUGGCGAGGAAGGAGGAGCGUCCGAGCUGCUCACCAGGAGGAUCAAAACGCAAGCAGAGAAGGACAAAGAAGAGGCAGAUUAUUUGGAGUGGCUCAAAGGCCAAGCGGAGCUGGAGGGUCCGGAGGAGGUGAAGGACAUGAAAUACUUGCGGGAUUACUGGAAUGACCCGGAGCUGGACGAGAAGGAGCGAUUCCUUAGAGAUUAUGUGCUUAAUAAAGGCUACCUGGAUGAGGAAGAGGACGAUGAUGAACGGAUCCCAACGUACGACGAGGUGGUCCAGGACGAUGUGGAGGAUUCUGAAGAGGAGGGCGAGAGUUUCCUGGAGCGUCAGGAGGACUUUGAGAGGAGCUACAACUUCCGCUUUGAGGAACCCGGCUCCACGCAGAUAAAGACUUACCCCCGAAACGUCGCCACGUCAGUCCGCACCAAGGAUGACCGCAGGAAACGCAAGAGGGAGGAAGUGAAGGAAAGGAAGCAAAAGGAGAAAGAGCAGAAACGGGAGCAGCUGAAGCAGCUGAAGAACCUGAAGAGGAACGAGAUCAUGGAGAAGCUGAAGAAGCUCCAGGAGCUGACAGGGAACGAGCAGCUGGCUUUCAGUCAGGCUGACCUCGAAGGGGAGUUUGACCCAAAACAGCACGACCAGCUCAUGCAGAAGUUCUUUGGCGAUGAAUACUACGGUGAAGAGGAGGAGGACAAGCCUCAGUUGGAUGACGAUGGUGUUGAUGAGCUGGACGAGCCCUGGAAUUGGGACACUUGGACCGGAGAAGAACAGCAGGAGGAAUACGAUGAAGAGGAGUACAGCGUCUCUGGACCUCACUGCGAGGAUGAAGGUUUCAUUAUGGAUGCAGACUAUGACCCGAACCAGCAUGCUGCCUCCAAGAAGAAGAAGAAGAAGAAGUUGAAAAAGGAUGAUAUGCCACAGAUGGGCAAAAAGAAAAAGAAGUCUCACUUUGCGGAGGUCAUCACUAAAGCUAAGCCUGUGUUUGAUCCCGAGGAGAAAACCUUUGAGCAAUACUUGGAUGAAUACUACAAGCUGGACUAUGAGGACAUCAUCGACGACCUUCCAUGCAGGUUUCGCUACAGGCAGGUUGUCCCCAACGAUUUCGGCUUGACAACCGACGAGAUCUUGAAUGCUAACGACCAGGAGCUGAACCGCUGGUGCUCUCUGAGGAAGACCUGCAUGUUCAGGUCUGAGAAGGAGGAGCUGUGUGAUCUGAAGAAUUAUAAAGUGAAGGCACAGAAUGUGAGGAAGAAGAAGGAAGUCCUGAGCUCUGUGUAUUCUGAGGAGGACAAAGAAACAACUGAGGCUAAGACCAAGCUGGGAAAGAAACGGCGAGACCGUCUGAAGAACGCCGAUAAGCAGAUCACAGGAGCGGAAGAAGCGAGCAUGGAUUCUGCAGAGGAGACGAUUCAAGCUCUCAACGAGGCUUUGGACAACACUGAGGAAGGAGAGGAGAUCCUGGUACCCAAGAAGAAGAAGAAGAAGCUAGAAGAGCAAACCAAGGAUACAGCGGAGCAGACAGCAGAGAAACGAAAAGAAGGCAAGAACAAGACUGCAUGGUCCAAGAAGAAGCCCAGGAGGUUAGGUGGACGCCUCCAACCAGGAACCAAGAGGGUGAAAAUAGGUGGCCGGGAGUUCAGCAGACAGAGACUGAAGGCCUACGGGCUGAACCCCAAAAGGCUGUACUUCAGACAGCUCGGCAGACAGAAGCGGAAAGAGCAGGAGAAGAAGCUGAAGCAGAAGAACAAGGAGGGAUGAGAGCUUCCAUUGAGCUGCUGUCUGACCUUAUUGGACCAUCAGAGAACAAUAAGCUAAGAUUUGAAUAUUCUUUAAAAAUGUGUAGAAUAAAAAUGUAAUUGUGCUUUAAACCAGCAA